AUGGUUCUGUGUGAGGACAGCGAGUGCAGCGUUUGCCUCUUGCCUUACUCUCGGAUGGACAGGAUCCCCCGGGUGCUCCACUGCAGACACACCUUCUGCGACCAGUGCCUGGAGACCAUAUCGCAGACCAGGAGCGGGCUGCUCACAGUGGGCUGCCCUCUGUGUCGUCGGGUGACCUGCAUAGGUCGCGGCCUCAGCCUGCAGGAAGCCCUGUGGGUUGACAGCAAGCUGUGGGAGCAGAUACCUGAGGAAGCAGAAGCUGAGGAGGAGGAGGAGGAUGGGCUGAAACAAGAAGCUGAGGAGGAGAGGAUGGAGGCUAAACAACAGCCUGCUUUACAAGCAGAAUGCGUUUCUUCAGGGUCCUCCAGAACAAAGCUCAGAUUCCGCACAUUCUUCAAAAAGUUCAGUUUGACAAAGCAACCGCAAGAAAGGAUCGUUCCUGGCACCAAUGUGUAA